AUGCUGCGCUGGAAGCCUCGGAGGCCAGCCCCGAGUCGGUGCGCAGCGCUCUGCGACUGGUGCCGCCUCUCGGCCUUUCACAGGUUACAGGAGCGAGCAAAUGAACUUCGGGUGGUUUGGAUCGAGUCGGCGGGUGCCCGGAACUCGCGGCUCCGCUCCACCACGCCGACCAACGGCAUGAAGCCCGAAGGCGUGCACAGUGCCCUCAUAAACGUGGAAGAGAGGCUGAACACGCAGAUUGCGCGGGUUCAGCAGCAGGGAGACCGAAUGAGAGAUGUGGCGAUGAGCCGAAUGGAGGCGAAAGUCACCGCGGUGGAGGCACUGCAGCCCAAGUUCGACCGGCGCAUGGCGGAAGUGUCUGGCAGCGUGAAAGGCCUCAGCGAUGAAAUGCAGUCUCAGCUGCGGCGCAUGGAUCAAAUCGACUCAAAGCUUUGGGACUGGCGCCAUCAGAUCGAGGAGGAGCUGCGCUCCCGUGUCUUGGAGGCCGAGCAGUCCGUGCAGCAGCUGGGCUCAGCGCAGCGGGUGGCAAAGGCUGCGGCGGAGGAUGCCGUUAAGAAGCUGAACAUGCGCAUGCUGAGGAUUGAAGGCUUGGUGGAAGAGCAUCACUCCCACGCCGAGGACACCAACACGGGCCUGGCAGAACUCCAUGCUCGCUUGGAAGAUUUGGAGGAGAGCCAUGGGGCCAGACAUGCGCAGCACGACGAAGCCUUCAGCACGCACACGGAGAAGACCCGGGCGCGGGAGGCGGAGUGGCUGGUGCAGCAGGCAUCCAUGGAGCAACGCCUCGCAGAGAUGGAGCUGUCCACGCAGGGUGUCUCUCAGAAGAUCGACUCGCUGCUCCAGGAGUCCAAUGAUUUGCGCUCUCGCCUCGAGAUCCAGGAGGAGAAAGCACGAUCCUUGCGAACGCUGCAGGACACCAAGGAUGAGCAGUUCCGCACCCUUAUAGACAAGGUAGAGAGAGAGAACAUGGACGGCCGCCUCCGCGCCCUGCAACAGCGCUUGCAGGAUUUGGAGAACUCCGGCGUCCAUGCCACUGAGCAGAUGCAGAUCAUGCAGCACAGCCUGGACAGGCAAGAACAGGAUGUUCAACAUCUUGCCCGCAUGCCCAGCCCAAGGCUUCCGCACAGCGAGGAGGGCAGAGAGAAAGAUCUCGUCCAGGUGAAGCUCCAAUCGCGCGUGGGUCAGUUGGAAAGUCAGAUGAAUCAGGCUCUUGAACAGCUUGAGGCACUGCAAUCCGAGCAGUCACUGGCGCAGCACGUGAGCACACUGGUGAAGCAUCUCAAGGAGAUUUCACCCAAGGUCAUUGGCCAGGGCAACGAUCUGCUGCAGCUUCGGCAAAAGGUCGAGGUCUUGGAGCGCUUUGCUGAGGAGAACAAGUCGAAGGCGCAGUCGCAGGCAACGGAGCCACAGGAGCCAAAGGUGCAAACUGAGACUCCAAAAGAGGUCCGGAUCAUGGAGAUAGAGCGUGUCGAGGAAGAAGUGGCGCUAAAAUCGCCAGUUGCGCAGACUGCGCAAACUGCGCAGACAGAUGAAAUCGACUUGGCCGAAGCACAGCGCAGUUCCUGA